AUGUUGUGCCUCGUAGCCGCUUUCGAAAUCCAGGCCCAAGUCGUGAUCCCCGUUUUGAGAAGUAUCGCCGACGAGGGAGGGCAUGGGAUUACAGAUAAAUCUGGAUAUUACGUGAGUACCAUCCUCUACCUCACCUACACUUUUAUGAAUUUCCUAGUACCGCCAGUCAUUGCUAAAAUUGGCCCAAAGUGGGCAAUGGUGGCCGGUAUGCUGUGCUACGUUACCUAUAUGCUGGGCUUUUUGCACGUCGAGGGCUGGCUACUGUACUCGCUAUCGGCUCUGUUGGGUCUAGGAGCAGCUUUACUCUGGACGAGCUGCGGGGUGAACUUGGUGCGAAUUUCUGAGGAGAAGAAUGUAGCCAGGAACAGUGCAAUUCUCUGGACUACCGUGCAAUUUUCUCUCAUCGUCGGGGCCGCUUUCCUGAUUAUUGUUUUACGCAGCGAGGAGCUUUCCAAAAAGCUACCGCGUCAUCUACAUGGCGUGUGCCGUACUUGGGCUCGUUGGUGCCGGAAUUAUCGCGUUGAUGCCUACGCCGCAACUUCGCCGAGGCUCCUCUUCAAG